AAGGAGGAAAGAAUUUGAAAGGACCUUUCCAGCUGUGGUAUUCGGAGGUCUGAAAAGCUUACUCCUUUAAAGGCUUUAAAUUGUUUUUCCUGAGCUCAAGAAACAAAAGAUGGUUUUGGAAAUGCUGAACCCAAUGCAUUACAACAUCACCAGCAUGAUGCCCGAAGUCAUGCCUGUGGCCACCAUGCCAAUCCUGCUGCUCACUGGCUUUCUUCUUUUGGUUUGGAAUUAUGAGGACACAUCUUCAAUACCAGGUCCUGGCUAUUGCAUGGGAAUUGGGCCCCUCAUUUCCCACUGCAGGUUCCUGUGGAUGGGGAUUGGCAGUGCCUGUAACUAUUACAACAAGAUGUAUGGAGAAUUCAUGAGAGUCUGGAUAUGUGGAGAGGAAACACUCAUUAUUAGCAAGUCCUCAAGUAUGUUCCAUGUAAUGAAACACAGUCACUACAGCUCCCGAUUCGGCAGCAAACUUGGGUUGCAGUGCAUCGGCAUGCAUGAAAAUGGCAUCAUAUUUAACAACAAUCCAACCCUCUGGAAAGCUGUUCGACCUUUCUUUACAAAAGCUCUGUCUGGCCCUGGACUCGUGCGCAUGGUGACAAUUUGUGUUGAAUCCGUCAUAACACAUCUGGACAGGUUGGAGGAGGUCACCAACGAACUGGGUUACAUCGACGUGUUGACCCUCAUGAGGCGCAUCAUGCUAGACACCUCUAACAUGCUCUUCCUGGGGAUCCCACUGGACGAAAGUGCCAUUGUGGUUAAAAUCCAGGGUUAUUUUGAUGCGUGGCAAGCUCUCCUUCUCAAACCAGACAUCUUUUUUAAGAUUUCUUGGCUAUACAGAAAAUAUGAAAAGUCUGUCAAGGAUUUGAAAGAUGCCAUGGAAAUUCUGAUAGAAGAGAAAAGACACAGAAUUUCCACAGCAGAGAAACUGGAAGACUGUAUGGAUUUUGCCACUGAGUUGAUUUUUGCUGAGAAACGUGGUGACCUGACAAAAGAGAAUGUGAACCAAUGCAUACUGGAAAUGCUGAUCGCAGCACCAGACACCAUGUCUGUCUCUGUGUUUUUUAUGCUUUUUCUUAUUGCAAAGCACCCUAAGGUUGAAGAGGCAAUAAUGAAGGAAAUACAGACUGUCGUUGGUGAAAGAGAAAUAAGGAUUGAUGAUAUGCAAAAAUUAAAAGUGGUGGAAAACUUUAUCUAUGAAAGCAUGCGGUACCAGCCUGUUGUGAACUUGGUCAUGCGCAAAGCCUUACAGGAUGAUGUCAUAGAUGGCUAUCCGGUGAAAAAGGGGACUAACAUUAUCCUGAAUAUCGGAAGAAUGCAUAGACUUGAGUUUUUCCCCAAGCCCAAUGAAUUUACUCUUGAAAACUUUGCAAAGAAUGUUCCUUACAGGUAUUUUCAGCCAUUUGGUUUUGGGCCCCGUAGCUGUGCAGGAAAGUACAUCGCCAUGGUGAUGCUGAAAGUCAUCCUGGUUACACUUCUGAGACGAUUCCACGUGCAGACUUUGCAAGGAGAGUGUAUUGAAAAUAUGCAGAAAAAACAUGGCUUGUCCUUACACCCAGAUGAGACUGGCAACUUGCUGGAAAUGGUUUUUACCCCAAGACAUUCAGAAAAGUGCCUCAAACACUAAAGAAGGUUGAUCAGUACCUACUCUGGAGCAUUUCUCAUCAGUAGUUCACAUGGAAAUCGCCCGUCUUUACCAGGUAGUAUCAUCCUCACAGUGGACAUUUGGUGGCCUGUGCCAUUUUAUAGGCAUACCUCAUAUGGGCUGUCAGCAAGCCAGGAAACAUUGGUUGUCUGUUCUUGUCCAAACUAUAGAACCAGACUUCCAAAGAAAAUAGAGGCCAACAGUUUGCAGGGGAAAUGGUCACUUCCACAAAACAGGCUUUGAAAAAGAUAGGCCAUGAGCAAAACUUAUGUCCUCCUUCCCACAAAAUCUCCACUGCCCUACCCCAAGAACAUUUUAAUGUCUGGGGCGGAAGCACUCAAGUCCAUUAGAAAGACCAGGCUGGUGUCUGGGUAUUUAGGGCCAAACAUACCUGCUAAUGUGAAUAAAAGUGUUUUGAUUUAGUUUUUAGUGGUAGGGUCUACAACAUUCAUAUUCUUUGGAAAUGCUUACAAAUUCAGCAUUUGACUUUUCCUAUGAAUUAUUCAAAUAACUCUUGAUUAUCCACAGGUGACUUGUCUGUGGCAAAAGUUAAAUAGGAGACUCUCCUUUCCCAGUCUCUCAGUUCAUGCCUCAGCCAAUUACCUCCACUACAAUAGAUAUCAAUUUGGGUGAUACAAAGUAAUUUAGUAAUAGCCUAAGUAAAAUAUAAUUAGGACCACCCAUCUGUUAUAGGGGGAAAAAAUCACACAAUGCAUUUCAAAUUCAAAUAAAAAUUAUUUUCUUCAUGUUUGCAUCCUUGCUUAGCUCCACUAGUGCUAAUCAAGAGAUACCUUUAAAUAAUGGCAUCUAUUAACUCUUAUAACAGACCCCAGUGAUUUGAGGCAGGAAAAGUCCUCUAUAUCUACAUCUAAUUCUCCAACCCAGUGGGCUCAAACCCAUUCCAUCCUCUUUCUCCCUCAACAGUCUCCCCUUCUCUUUCUUUCCAUGAUCCCAAAGUCAAUAGCAACAGAUCAGUGGAGAAUAUGGUCAGGGUAGAACCCCUGCAAUCAUCUUUUAUCCUACCUCGGAUUUAAUAGUUAUCUUAGAGAUUUAACAGCUAUUGAGUUUAUUGAAUCAUUACACAUAGCCAUGGAUAAAAUGCACACCUUAUAAUUAGCUCUUUAAAGAGAAUCAAGUAGAUCAGUUAAUUUUCCAAAUACCACUUUACUUGUGUUAUAUAGCCAAUAUGAUUCUAUCUGCUGAAUGCCAUUUAAAAAUUAAAAAUCAUUUGCAAAAAUUAAGCUCAUUACCAUUGAGUCAACCACCAUCUCCACAUUUGAAUAUUCUCUUCAUCCUCCUGUUUGGCAAUAAAAUAACAACUGAGUAUAAAAUGAGAGUGUAAGCUCCUUGAGAGCAGCUCUUUUCUUUCUCUUAUAAUCCAUCCCAAUCCCCCAUUCUGACUCCCCAGAAGGAAGGAUAGCACUGAAUAGACACUCUUGCUCAUAGAACCCCUAACUGACACCGGAAUCCAACUAAAGAGAAGGCAGGUAUUCUAAGAUUUCAAGGAUAGGUAAUAGUAAAGAGUAAAAUAUUUGAACUUGGAAUUAUUUGGAUCCAUAUGGCCUCAACAUACACAUAAAUAUGCCUAUGUACUUGAAUAUAUCCACAGUUGGGUCUGGACAAUCAUCCAAAUAGUUCAGUCCCCUGAAAUAACAGCCAGGAUUUUAGAUUUUAAUGUAUCUAAGUUAAUUCUCUUGAUGACUGUUAACACAUACUUUGCCUCUGGCUGGAGCUUCACAGUAGAGGAAAACACUUCAGAUUAGUGUACUUCACCCAUCCAGUUCCCUUGGAACAUCUAUUGUAUUUUGUAUGUAUAUAUGUAUCCAAGGCCUAUGUUUACAUGAUCAAAGUCAAACGGAGGGUUUAUAUAGUUGUAUAGCAAUAUUGUGGAUAC